UUGGCCGCUUCCUGCUGCUAAGUAUAGUCCGAGUCAGACAGGAACACCCUGGCACCGGAACAUGGCGGCCACCGGGGUGCUGCCCUUCAUCAGAGGGGUGGACCUGAGCGGCAACGACUUCAAGGGAGGAUAUUUCCCGGAACACGUGAAGUCUAUGACCAGCCUGCGAUGGCUGAAGCUGAACCGGACGGGGCUGUGUUACUUGCCCGAAGAGCUGGCGUCUCUGCAGAAGCUGGAGCAUCUGUCGGUGAGCCACAACAGCCUGACGACGCUACACGGAGAACUCUCCACUCUCCCCUGCCUCCGGGCAAUUGUGGCUCGAGCCAACAGCCUGAAGAAUUCAGGGAUUCCUGAUGAGAUAUUUAACCUGGAUGACCUCUCCGUGCUGGACCUCAGUUACAAUCAGCUGACCGAGUGUCCGCGGGAGCUGGAGAACGCCAAGAACAUGUUGGUCCUUAACCUAAGCCACAACAGCAUCGACAACAUCCCGAACCAGCUGUUCAUCAACCUGACGGAUGUUCUGUAUCUGGAUCUGAGCGAUAACAAGCUGGACAGUUUACCCCCUCAGAUGAGACGUCUGGUGCAUUUACAGACCCUCAUCCUCAAUAACAACCCCCUGAUGCAUGCGCAGCUCAGGCAGCUUCCUGCAAUGAUCGCCCUACAGACCCUGCACCUCAGGAAUACUCAGCGCACACAGAGCAAUCUACCCACCUCCUUGGAAGGCCUGACUAAUCUAUCAGACGUGGACCUUUCCAUGAAUGACCUGACGCGUGUUCCCGAGUGCCUCUAUACCCUGACCAACAUAAAGCGGCUGAACCUCAGCUCCAAUCAGAUUUCAGAGCUGUCCCUCUGCAUCGACCAAUGGACGCAGCUCGAGACGCUCAACCUGUCCCGCAACCAGCUGACCUCUCUGCCCUCGGCCGUCUGCAAGCUGUCUAAGUUAAAGAAACUCUAUCUGAAUUCCAACAAGCUGGACUUUGACGGAAUCCCCUCCGGAAUCGGCAAGCUGGGCAACCUGGAGGAGUUCAUGGCUUCCAACAACAACCUGGAGCUCAUCCCGGAAAGCCUGUGCAGGUGUGGCAAACUGAAGAAGCUCGUGCUGAACAAGAACCGUCUGGUCACCCUUCCGGAAGCCAUCCACUUUCUGGCCGAGCUAGAGGUCCUGGAUGUCCGUGAGAACCCCAACCUGGUGAUGCCCCCCAAACCAGCCGAACGCACCUCCGAAUUCUACAACAUCGACUUCUCGCUGCAGAACCAGCUGCGUCUCGCUGGAGCGUCUCCCGCCACCGUAGCUGCAGCGGCCGCCGCGGGGGGAAGUGCAGCCAAGGACCCGUCUGCCAGGAAGAUGAGACUGCGCAGGCGCAAGGACUCGACGCAGGAUGACCAGGCCAAGCAAGUGCUAAAGGGGAUGUCGGAUGUGGCCGAGGAGAAGAAUAAGAAGAUACAGGAGAACGGUGACAUGAAGUACACUGACUUGAAGACCAGAAAGUGGGAUCAGAGCCUGGAGAAGCCCCCGUUGGAUUAUUCCGAGUUCUUCCUGGAAGAUGUGGGGCAAAUCCCGGGAGUAACCGUCUGGCAGAUCGAGAACUUCAUUCCGAUUCUGGUGGACGAGGCGCUCCACGGGAAGUUCUACGAGGCCGACUGCUAUAUAGUACUGAAGACGUCGAUGGACGAUAACGGUGCCCUCCGCUGGGAGAUUUACUACUGGAUCGGGCAGGAGACCUCGCUUGAUAAAAAGGCUUGUUCUGCAAUCCACGCCGUCAAUCUACGUAACUAUUUAGGGGCCGAGUGCCGGACCAUCCGGGAGGAGAUGGGAGACGAGAGCGAGGAGUUCAGCCAGGUUUUUGAUAACGAGAUCUCCUAUAUCGAAGGAGGGUCGGCCAGCGGGUUCUACACAGUGGAUGAUGCUCAGUAUAUCACCAGGCUGUACCGGGUCUACGGCAAGAAGAACAUCCGCCUGGAACCGAUGCCCCUGAAAUCUUCGUCCCUCGACCCCCGGUUCGUGUAUCUUCUGGAUCACGGUUUGGAGAUUUAUAUCUGGAGGGGCGGUCAGGCCACCCUGAGUAACACCACCAAAGCCAGGCUCUUCGCCGAGAAGAUCAACAAGAACGAACGAAAGGGCAAAGCGGAGAUUACUCUUCUCGCGCAUGACCAGGAGACCCCUGAAUUUUGGGAGAUUCUGGGAGGGCAGCCCGAGGAGAUCAAACCCUGCGUCCCUGACGACUUCCAACCGGCCCGUCCCAAACUCUACAAGGUUGGGCUCGGCUUGGGAUACCUGGAGCUGCCGCAGGUGAACUACAAGAUUUGUGUCGAGCACAAGAAGAGACCCAAGAUUGACCUUCUACCCGAAAUGCGACUGAUCCAGAGCCUUCUGGACACCAAGUGUGUCUAUAUUCUGGACUGCCACUCCGAGGUCUUCAUCUGGAUCGGCCGGAAGUCGUCCCGCUUGGUCCGCGCAGCCGCUCUGAAGCUGGGGCAGGAGCUCUGCGGGAUGCUGCAUCGCCCCAAACAUGCCAUGGUGAUCCGGAACCUGGAGGGCACAGAAUGCCAGGUGUUCAAGUCUAAGUUCAAGAACUGGGACGACGUCCUAAAGGUGGAUUAUACCAGAAACGCCGAGACCGUGAAGCAGAACGAAGGCUUGGUGGGCAAAGUGAAGAAGGACGCAGAAAAGAAGGAUCAGAUGAAGGCCGACCUCACUGCCCUGUUCCUCCCUCGCCAGCCCCCGAUGCCCAUCGCAGAGGCAGAGCAGCUGACCGAGGAGUGGAACGAGGAUCUGGAUGGAAUGGAGGGAUUUGUUCUGGAAGGAAAGAAGUUUGCGCGACUCCCCGAGGAAGAGUUUGGGCACUUCCACACUCAGGACUGUUACGUGUUCCUGUGCAGGUACUGGGUGCCGAUCGAACACGACGAAGAGGAGGAACAACAGAGCAAAAAGAGGAAGGUCACCGGCGAAGAGGAUGACGACGAUGAAGAGGAGGAGGAGAAGCAGCCGGAAGAAGACUUCCAGUGCGUCGUGUAUUUCUGGCAGGGCCGAGAAGCCUCCAACAUGGGCUGGCUGACCUUCACCUUCAGCCUGCAGAAGAAGUUCGAGAGCCUCUUCCCGGGGAAGCUGGAGGUGGUCAGGAUGACGCAGCAGCAGGAGAACGCCAAGUUCCUGUCUCAUUUCAAGAGAAAAUUCAUAAUCCACAAGGGGAAGCGGAGGACGCGGGACGUCGGGCUGCAGCCGAGCCUCUACCACAUGCGGACCAACGGGAGCGCCCUGUGUACCCGGUGCAUCCAGAUUAACACGGACUGCAGCCAGUUAAAUUCCGAGUUCUGUUAUAUUCUGAAGGUCCCCUUUGAAAGUAUCGAUAAUCAAGGAAUAGUCUACACCUGGGUGGGCCGAGCUGCGGACCCCGACGAAGCCAAGCUCGCGGAAGACAUCAUGAACCACAUGUUUGAUGACACCUACAGCAAGCAGGUGAUUAACGAAGGCGAAGAACCGGAAAACUUCUUCUGGGUCGGAAUUGGAGGCCAAAAACCGUACGACGAGGACGCGGAUUACAUGAAAUAUUCCCGUCUCUUCAGGUGCUCCAAUGAAAAGGGUUAUUUCUCGGUGUCGGAGAAAUGCUCGGACUUCUGUCAGGAUGACCUGGCCGACGAUGACAUUAUGCUCUUGGAUAACGGGAAGGAGGUGUACAUGUGGGUCGGGACCCAAACCAGCCAGGUGGAGAUUAAACUCAGCUUGAAGGCCUGCCAGGUCUACAUCCAGCACAUGAGAGCCAAGGACCCGGAGCACCCGCGCAAACUGCGUCUGGUCCGUAAGGGCAACGAGCCGCACGCCUUCACCCGCUGCUUCCACGCCUGGGGUGCCUUCCGCAAGCCGCCGGCCUAGACCCCCCCCAUUGCUUGGAGCUCUGUCCUGUGGGGGCCGCGCAUGCCCGAGGUCUAAAGUCUCAAAGACCGGAGGCGGACGUCGCAGAUGGCCUGAAAUUCUUCUGAUCCUCCUCCCGCUGCUGGAAUUGCUGAGACGCCCCGAGCGCCCGGCGGGUGCAUCGUCUCUCCCUUCAAACAUUAAACUCGCCCUGGACCGGGGGCUUCACCGCCUGCGCGCCUCCCUCCGGACGCUCGUCUGCCUGAACUCUGUCCGCGGAUUCCGUACAAAUACAAACGUUUUCUAAAACUCGUUCCCUUUUCCUGCCGGGAUCGCUAAACGUUUUUAUUAUUUAACCGAGAUUUGGGUACAAGUUACCUUCUUUUGUAUCUUGAAUAGUUUUUAUUAAGGCACCAGGGGUUAUCGGGGUGAAACAUUAUUUAAAAGCCUUGCAUCCACCUGCUUUCCUGUCGCAGCGUAGCCCCCUCGAUUUAUACUAGAGGCUGAGGUGGUCCGCAUGGGUUCGGGGGGCUCGUCAGUUUUCUGCACCCCCCUGUGCCUUUAAGGUGGGAUUAGAUAAGUUUAAUGGGUUUCGUGCUCUGCCUUCAUCUAGUAAUUCAAUUUUAUGCCCUUGCGCUAUAGAAAGUAAGGAGAUGCUUCGUUGCCCGGGAUGGAUGGCUGAGGAUAAUGGGAGUUGGAGUAGAAGCGCACGCGUGCAUUUUAACACCUUCUAUGCCAGAGGGUUGUGUCCUCGCUGUGAAGUGUAACGGAGCAGGCACAGGGAGGGUUAACGGACUGUUUGAACCCACGCGUGACACUAGCCCACCCGUCUCGGCGUACGGAGGGUGCCGGAAGCACCGCUGGGGAUGGAUAAAUACUGUAUGAGCUUUAUUUUAAUAAAUUUGCACUUCACCGUG